AUGACGGUCUCACGUCUCCUCUCCCUCUUCGGCCUCGUGGCCCUUCACUGUACGCCCGUCUUGACCAGAAGCAUAGGUACACGAGUGGCCAAUCAAUGCGAAAGCACGCGUUACGAAGCACAGCCGCGAGUCUUCAUCUGCACCGACAUGAGCAAUGAGCCAGAUGACCAAAUGAGCCUGGUUCGUUUCUUGACUUACGCAAACGAGUUCGACAUUCAAGGGAUUGCUGGCGUCACCUCCGUCUGGAAGAACGACUCUAUCGAUAUAUCAACAAUCCACACCGUCAUCUCCGCCUAUGGCAACAUCACCGGCAACCUCAAUGCGAAUGUUCCCAGUUCCGCAAGCUAUCCACCAGCGAGUGAUUUGCUUGCCAAAGUGUACCCAGGCCAUGCUGUCUACGGACUCGCCGCGCUCGACCUAGAGCCGAGCGAUGCUGCAAAAGCUCUUGUCAAAAGUGUGGAUGGGGCUUCGAUAAAUAAGCCUCAAUGGACUUUGAUGUGGGGAGGCGCUGCAGUACUGGCCGAGGCUCUUAGCUACGUCUCCAAGUCCAGAGAUGCAGCGGCUGUUGCAGACUUCGUUCGGAAACUCCGAGUGUACUCGAUCUCCGAUCAAGACGACGCUGGUUCCUGGAUCCGCGAUACGUAUCCGUCAUUAUUCUACAUUGUCUCCCUACAUGGGUUCAGCGAAUAUACAGCAGCUUCAUGGAAUGGUAUUUCUGGCGAGGAAAUUCGAUACUUUGACCAAGGGGGUCCUGAUUCCUCCCUCGUGACGAACGAUUGGCUUCAGGAGCACAUUCGCAUCGGCUCUUUAGGACAGCACUAUCCCAGGUACGCCUACAUCAUGGAAGGAGACACUCCGUCGUUUUUCCCACUCAUUCAAAACGGACUCGGCGAUCCUGAACAUCCAGAAUGGGGCAGCUGGGGUGGUAGAUUCAAGCCAGUGGACGCCGCUCGUCGAUCCAACGUCUUCAGUGACACCGCAGAGUGGGUUCAAGGACUUAACGGACAAUUCUUUAUGAGUUCAUUUGCUGGCAUCUGGCGCUGGCGACAGGCCUAUCAGUAUGACUUUGCCAACCGGAUGCAGUGGUCUACACAAAGCGACUACUCGAAAAGCAACCACGCCCCAGUUGUUGUUGUGAACGGUACUUGCGGGCCUGCUGCCCUCAAGGUCUCGUACCAAUUUAACACCACUGUUGUGCUGGAUGCAUCGUCGACCUGGGACCCAGACAGCGACGAACUGCAGUUCGAUUGGCUCUUCUACAAGGACGUAACAUACAGAUUGGAGGCCAACAUUUCCACAGUGGACUCGUACAUGACCAUCGACAAGCUGAAUCCCACUGGAAGCAUGGUCAGAGUGAGUACGUUUGAUGAUAAUGAAAUGCACGUUAUAUUGUCCGUCACGGAUCCCCACAAUAUGACGACCUACAGACGCAUCAUUCUUGAGCCAACAAGCUGA